AUUCUCUUGAGGCCAGACGAUUAAUGCUGAGCUGGCGCUGGCUCUUCAAAACACACCCUUUCAUCCUCCAACUGCCUUCCUUGUCUGUCGAUAGUAAGUGGUUUGUACGCCCCCCAAUUCUGUUCCGAGUAUUCCCUUUGAAGAGAUGAAUAGUCAUAUGAUGGCGUUCUGUGGUCACACACAUACUCCCUCCGAUUUGUCUCCCCUUGCUGUCUCUCUAAUUCAUUCACACAACACAUACUGUACUUGGCCCAUCGGGUUAUCUGGACGUUUCCCUCUCCCUUUCCUGACCAAAGCCUAAUUCUAUUAUCCCAACGACUACUACCUUGCCUACGUGCGUCAUGCAACUGUCACUCGUGGUACUUACACCCCGAGGCUUCUAGUUGAAUCUUACGGAAGAUUUAUGAAAGGUUAAAAAGGCUCCUGGAGCCCCCUGGAAUCCUGCCUGCCCUGCUUCUCUGCUUGUUUGGUUGGAUAAAAACAAUCUUCGACACACCUUCUCUACUUAUGCCUGAGAUACGUCCAAGCCUCCUUCAACAAUAUAAACAACAUUUGCAGCUGCGCCUCUGCGUGCUUACGUUGUCGAUACACAACGAGGCCUCACCAUAUCUGUGUUACAGCUAAAUAACCAGGCUUUGAACCGUUUCAAAAUUUAUUCUUUUGAUUAAGCUUCACGGCUAUCUAUCAACAACCUUCUUCGUCGGCACCUUGCCUCCACAUCCCAAAACUUUUACAUAAAUAUCAUCCCUCCCUCCCAUUCAUCCUUACAUACUACAACAAAUACAACGUGCCUACAUACGUUUACCACAUACUACUGCAUACUUCCCCCGUACAUAUACCCCCAUUGUACAACCACAUCUCAUCAACAUGUGCCAUACCGUAAUCGCCCAGCGGAUGUGCAAGGAUUGCCGCCAUAGCCUUGGUGAGACGGUUAUCGACUUCACCCGCUGCGCUCGUAAAUGCUCGAGCCCGUUCUACUGCCUUACCCCUGAGCCCCAGAUGGAGCUAUGUAGCCUAUGUACCGCGACGGCGACACUAUCUACACCGGUACUCGCACAACAUGCUCUCGAGGAUACUACCACUGCGGCAGCAGCUUCAGCUGGUGCAAGGAUCUACGAUCACUCUAUCGCAAAGGCUGCAGCAUAUCCGGGACCUGGAGUAGCCCAUCAUACUGCGGCUCACUAAGACAUCUCCCAUAGACCACCUCGACGGUGGCUUUUGCUACGAUAUCGGUAUUUAGGGCGUUUAUUUAUGUAAGAUCUUGAGGGAAAUUGAAACGAUGAAACGAAAAUUCCGCAAAAAUAGUGCAUUUGGGAAUGGGAAUGGGUAUGACACAGGCAACCGGCACAGAUCACAGGCGCAUGAGGACGGACAGCAUUCAUCAAUGCUCUACUUGCUUCACAUCACAUUACAUCAUUUUUAUUUCACUUUACACACUUGAUUUCGUAUGUAUUGUCACACAGGCACAUAACCCCGGUGAGGACCACUCUACUGGUAUGAGAUGGAACCGGAGGACUGGUCAAUGGUACCGAACCAAGAGCUGGGGCAAGGGUGUACAAAAGAAUCAGAAAACACAAUCGUUGACUGACAACAAUAAGCUGAGACAGAUACAAUAGCCAAAGAACAAUAAAAAAUUGAUCAGGAUGG